AAUGCAGUGGUUUUAAACACUGGCCAGAACAUGUUUGGUUGCCAGUUCAACACAUGGAAAUAGUUACAUUGAUGCCUAAGUUGCCAUUUUCUGCAGAAAGCUGUGCAAUGCUGGUGUCAAAAGACUAGGCAGUCACUAUUCAUAAUGGCUGUUGCAAUUCCUUUAGGAAUAGAUCGCCGGGCCGCUUCCCAAGUCAAUCGCCACCUAGGACCGUUUAGCUCAAGUCGAUAAGCAAAAAUUUCAGCUUCCUUGCGUGUUCCUAUCAGCUAUACAAGUGCAAAGAACCGCUGGUGGCCGUCAGACUUUUCCUUUUUCUCCAGGACUAACAUGAAGUGAAAGCCAAAACAGGACUGCAUCAUCACCCCGUCAACAGCACCAGUGUAGCAAGGAAAACUAUAUUCUUUCCCUGUAGGGCUGUAAUGGACUUUGCCGAUGCAUCAUAUAGGGGCUUGACAGCAUUCAAAGAGCCUUGCCAUUUGCAGGAAGCACCAGGGCACGGACACGAAUAAGGCCUAAACUCACGGAGCUCUUCAUGGUCUGCUUUCUGUGUGUGUGGCAGAGGUAUCGCUCCUCCAGGAGAGGCAUAUUUACAGGGGGAAAGCACGGGAACUGGCCACUUCCUCCAGGGCCAAGUUGCGAGGGGAUCCCAACGGCCCCAGCAGGUUGGACAACAUGUGAGCUUUUGGGCAACAGUUGCUACAAACGAGAUGGCCACUCUGACAGUGAAGAAUGGGUGGUAGCGCGUAGCCACAGCAGACAGGACACUCAAAAAGACCCGCCCGGUCAUUCUUGGAUGCAGUUGUGCCAGUCAGGGCAGGCACCCUCUGGGACGGCGCACACUUGGAGGUUCCAGCAGGGAAUGCUGGUGCAGCCUGGCGGCUCAUUUCCGUGGGCGGAGAACCUCGGCCCGGUCCCGGCUCAAACGCGCUCCGUGGCCACCGCGAACCGCCACCGCCUCUUCCCCGUGUGGGCACCAACGGGACACCCAGACGGGACACCCUGGGCCGCUGCAGCUCGAGAGCGCGCCCCGCAACGGCUGCCCCGGCUCCCCCUGGCGGCGAGCCGCCGUCCUGUCGCGCGUCCUUAAACCUAAGUCAGAACCAUGGCUCCAAAAUCUCAAAAACAAAAGAGUGCUGGUGGCUACAAAAACACAAAACGGAGCAAAACCAAACAGAUAUUACCUGACAGAGAAGAAGUGGAACCUGUUACUAUGGAGAGCAUGGGUCAUCCAGAAAUUUAUCCUUUAGUGUUAACUACCCAGACCCAGGAAAUAUUUAACUGCCGAAUAGAUGAAGAUGUCACAGAUGAAAAACCUUAUAAACUUAUCAAAAAAGAAGAUAUUUUAGCAGACUUUAAAAACAGAGCUGCAGUGUCUGAUUUCUACCCAGUCAAAAAAGUUAUCCAGGAAUAUCCUGGAGAUGACCUUCUGGUUGUUUAUGACAAAGACUUCAGAUAUGGACUUAACUUUUAUCUUAUUGGAACAGAAGAAGGCAAAGAAAACUAUUUAAAUUGCCCAGAAGUACCAGAAGAACAGGAAGAAUAUAAAGAGCAUACUUCUGAAGAUUUAUAUAUUUAUAAACCACCUAUCUCUAAACCAUGGGUUUCUUUGGGCAGUGAAAAAGAAAUUGAUGAAGAAUCGGUUAAGGAAUCUGCAAAGCAGAUUACAUACAUGAUUUCUCGAAAACGAAGUGAAUUUGGUGCGCCAGUUAAGUUCAGGGACCAAAAUGCUUCCAGCGUAAAAGAUGCCUAUAUUGAAUGUACAGCCUACCCAGAUAAAAAUUUUAUCGUUAAGCAACUUGAGAAAGAUGUUGGCAUGCAAGUAGUCCCCAAAGUCAAGGACACAAGUACUCAAACAAGAUGGACAUAUCCCAAAAAUGCCAGUACACAAUAUUAUCCAAGAGAAUUUUCAGAGGAGGAAAAAGAGAUAUUCGGACAAUCCAAGCCUUUGAUUGACUUUCUUAAUAAUGCAUCUAUAAGUGUUGAAAUAGCCCUGCAGCAAAAUGAAAUCAUGAACACAUUUAUUGAUGACUGGAAGUGCCUCGCAGAAGAAGAAGGCACCUUUGGAGACAAAACUGAUACCCACCUGAAAGAGUACCAGUCCUUUACCGACCUUCAUAACCUAACAGAGAAUAUGGUCACUUCCGUCUCAUGGCAUCCGACUAUCUAUGGGCUAAUAGCUGUGUCAGUGGCUGUAAGACUCUCCCUUGAAGACAGAGUCCACUUUUCUGGUAAAUUAUUGCUGCAGCCAUCACUAAUUCUUUUCUGGAGUUUCUCCGAUCCCAUACAUCCUCAGUUAAUGCUGGAGAGCCCAGAUGACAUCUUCUGCUUCAAGUUCUGUCCGAGUGACCCUAAUAUCAUUGCUGGAGGCUGCAUAAAUGGGCAGAUUGUCCUGUGGGAUAUUACUGCACAUGCAGAUCGCAUAGAAAACAUCAAGACAGGCGGUAGCAGAAGUAAAAAAGCCACCCUCAAGCCCAUGUUUCUCCUUGAACCAGACAGUAAUAAAGAAGCGAUGUAUAUCAGACACUGCGCAGUCUCCUCGAUAGAAAAUGGUCAUAAGAAAGUAAUUACAGAUAUACACUGGCUGUCUGACACAUUUGAGAUUAACAGAAUGGGUUCUGUCUUUGAGAAUCGAAAUGGAAUAUGCUGUCAACUUGUCACAUGUUCGGCUGAUUGCACAAUAUGUUUUUGGGAUAUCAGAUCACAGAAAGCUUUAACCCCACCACCAAUAGAGAAAAAGAAAGAAGAAAGUAUUGAAAUUCCUUUUGAUGUGCCAUCUACUUUUUUGCAUCUAGAUCUCUCCUGGAAACCCCUCAUUAAGAUAAGGCUGUCUAAAGGUGAAACAAGUUUAGACCACUGCCCAACCAAGAUCAGCCUGAGUGAGGACCAUCUCCUUUACAAAGCACAAGACAAAAUAUUAGCCCAGAGCAAAGUAGUGAAGGCAGGAGAGAUGAACCCAUACCACAAUCUGGAAGGUGCGUUGGCCAACAAUCUCAAGCCUAUAGAGGACUUCUGCACAAAGUUCUUUGUUGGAACAGAGGAAGGUGGAGUGAUAUAUACAGAUUGGAAAAUGGAAAGAGACCCUGAAACUGGCCGAUUGAUGGCAAAGAAGCCAGUGAGCCUUUAUGCCGUCCAUGAUGGAGCUGUCCACACUGUUCAGAGGUCACCUUUUUACAAGGACAUUAUCCUCACCAUUGGAGGAUGGAACCUGGCCAUCUGGAAAGAAGGUAUUACGACUGGACCCCUCCUUCAGUCAUGCUGUGCACCAAAAAGGUACACAGCAGGCCACUGGUCCCUGACAAGGCCUGGAGUCUUCUAUAUUGGCCGAGAAGAUGGAUACAUCGAUAUCUGGGACCUUCUGGAGAAAACCCAUGAGCCAGCCCAGUCACAAAACAUCUGCAUAACCAUGAUCACCUACAUCAAACCCUGGACUUUUACUGCUAAGCAGCAAUUUAUAGCCAUAGCUGAUUAUUAUGGAACACUGCAUAUAUUGGAAAUUCCUUGGACAUUAAGUCACCCUUCCACCAAUGAGGCAUCAAGUAUGAGCUACUACUUUGAAAGAGAAGUCAAGCAUCUGGAAUAUGUAGAACAGCGCAAGAAAAUUCGUGAACAAGAAAAGAAGGAAAUGGAGCUGGAACUUGAGAAGAAAAAAACCAAAACAUAUCAGAAGUCAAAAGAACAGAUGGAGGCUGAAUUGAAAGCAGACUAUGACAAUUACUUAGAACUGGAAAAGAACACCCUCAUCAACCUCGGCCUCAUCAAAGUGCCAGAGACGAUGUCAUUCAUGGAGUUGAUGUAGAAAAGCUUUCUGCAGGGGUGUUUGGGGCCUUGGUAGGACUUUGUUUUCUUUUUAUUCAUUAUUUUUUAUGUAAGGUGAACUAGCAAAUUAAACAUUGAAUAGGUUUA